CCGCACUGAGGGUGGCGCGGCGCCGGGCCCGCCCUUCCGAAGAUGACCCGCACCCACCCUCCGGACCUCCUCCGCCACGUCCAGACGGCGCCGCCCUUCCCCUGCGCCAUGUCGGCGGCGGCGCCCUUCCACAAGCGCCACUGCCGCAGCUUCGACUUCCUGGAGUGGCUGGACGACGAGCCGCCCGCCGCCCGGCGCGGGCGCGAGGCGCCCCGCGACCCGGCGCCCCGCGCCCGCUCCAAAAGCGCCGGGCGCCACGCCAACGAGCUGCACCCGGUCAAGCUCCAGCCCCAGCGCAGCCGCAUCUCCCCCUUCCAGCACGGCGCCAACCCGCCGCCCGCCAACGCCCCGCGCCGCCGCCUGGACAUCAAGCCCGACCCGCCGCCGCGCUACGUCUCCCCGGCCCGGAGCGGCCUGACCGUGCCCGGCGCCUGGCGCCCCUCCCGCACCCCGACGCCCAGCGACACCUACGAGGACCGCCCGCCGGGCGACGCCUACGACCCGAACCCGCAACCGGCGCCCCUCCAGGUCUUCUACGCCGGCGACGGAGGAUACGCGCCCGUCCGGACGAACUACGUUUCCCCCUUCCUGGACGCCCAACCUGUCCGGGAGGCGCCCGGCCGGAACUACGUUUCCCCGUUUUACGGCGCCGCGCCAACAUUCGACGGCGCCGCAUUUGACGGCGCCGCGCCGCCCUUUUACGGCGCCGCGCCCCACUUUUACGGCGCCGCGCCACCCGUCCCGGCGCCCGUCUCGCGGACAUACCCUCACCCGUACGGCGCCUGGCGCCCGGUGGCGGUGCCCUACCCACCAGGCGCCACCCAACCCUCCUGGCAGGCGCCGCGCCUGGGAACGGAAGCGCGCAGCCACUCCAAGUCGUGGGACGACAUCCUGGCGCCGCGCGGGCGCCCGGACCAGCCGCUGUGGCGCGGGCGCAGCUACGAGAACAUUCUAGCGCGCCACCCGGCGCCGCCCGACACCCGGCGCCCGGCGCCCGUGGUGGUGACGCUCUCCAGCUCCCCGAAACGCUACGCCGCGCUCUCCCUCUCGGAGAACUCGCUGCUGGAAAAAACGGGCGCCGCCGGGCGCGGCGCCUGGUUCGUGACGCCGGAGAUCACAAUCACCGACAACGAGAUCACCGGGCGCCCGGCGCCGGCGCGCCAACGCAGCCUGGAGCAGCUGGACCAGCUGAUCACCGACCUGGUGAUCGACUACAAACCGGGCGCCGACGCGGCGGAGACGCCGGGCGCCAGCUCGCCGGACGCCAGCACCGACGAGGACGACGUCAUGUGCUCCAACGCCCGCUGCGGGCGCACGGAAACUAUGUUUCACGCCUGCCUCUACUUCAAGUCCUGCCACAGCUGCCGCACCCUCUACUGCUCGCGCCACUGCCGGCGCCAGGACUGGCGCCGCCACAAGGAGCGCUGCGCCGCCGGGCGCGCCGCCAGCGCCUGCCGCAACGCGCUACGGUUCUCCCGGGAGGACGCCGCGGCGCACCGGGCCUUCUCCCGCCUGGCGCGGGUCGGAUUCCUCUCCCGCGGGCGCGGCGUCCUCUUCCUCGGAUUCCCGGGCGCCGCCGCCGCCGAGGACUUCCUCCGCGCCGGACUGGGCGCCGCGGCGGCGCCGCCAACGUACCUCUCCCUGCGCGAAGUGGGCGCGCACGCCGGGAAGCUGGGCGCCUACGCCCGGGAGCUGCAGCGCGCCGGGGAGGAGUACGACCCGGCGGAGUGCUUCGUGCUGAACGUGACGGUGGCGGCGGGCGAGGGGCACCCGGCGGCGCGCCAGCACGGUAAGGUGGCGCUGGCGGCGGUGGCGCCGGCACCGGGCGCCGAGAUGGAGACGCUGAUUCUGACGCCGCCGCCGGGCGCCGGCGACCAGGAGGACCGGCGGGCGCGGGAGGUGUGCUUCGUCCACGUCCAGAGGGAGCUGCGCGCCCGGGGCGUGGCGCUGCGGCGCGAGUUCCCGGAGGUGUACGGGCGCCUGGUGGCGUUCGUCGAAAGCGGGCGCCGUUUCACGCCCACCACCAUCUAUCCCGUCGACAAGAGGACGGGCAAGCAGUUCCUCUGCAUGAUCAUGGCCGGAUCCGAACCCAGGACGCUGGACUGGGUGGCCAGUCCCAACUUGCUGGAUGAGCUGAUGUAGCGGAGGCAAGUGGCGGGGAGUUCCGGGGGAG